AUGGCGAAAGAACAUCUCACCACGACUUCACCCAAUCUCAAUUCUUCAUUGUCCUCUACCUCAACGACGUCAUUAACCAAUCAUGUUACAUCCAAUCAAAGUGGAAUCCAUUAUAAUACCAACAUCAAUACCACCUCUAUCUUUUCCGAUCCGAUCAAUUCCAAUCUUCAAACCACCACCACCAACAACAACAACAACACUGUUAUUCCAGCUGAUACCUCUAGGGUCGACACAACUCAUGCCAACAACAAUCGUACCGAGCAUUCAUCAUCACCGAACUUAAUGUCCUCUCAUCAACAACAAGAAUUAGAGGAUCAAUCUCUUAAAUAUAUUUCAUGUCUCAUUGCAAGUGUAUUACUCUUAUUCAUGAUCAUUUAUAUUCCAUCUUAUUAUCGGUUAGAUAUUAUUUAUAUUCUAUUACCUAUUUUGACACUCACUCUUCCCAUUUUGUUAUAUGAAAUUUACAGAAAACUAAAAUCCAUGUAUUUGGAACAUGUGUACGAACAUUAUUCCUCUCUUUCAAUUGUUUAUUUGUUUUUAUUUACAUUUACAUGUGUGGUCAUGAUUAGUAGUUUAUUAUUUUUCACUUUUGAAACUUUGGAACAUUCUUAUUAUGAUCAAAGAGAAGAAUUUAAUACGAAUACAGUUCUCAUACAAGAUUUACAACAGGAAAUAUUAAUGUCUUGCAGUACUGUCUCCUCUGUAUGUUGCGAACAUGAAAUGAUUUCAUACAUUACAGAUCAUAUUCAAUCCAUUUAUCGAAUGGGUGUAUCUGUUGAUGCAAAGACAAACUUGAGAAAGAAAUUUGUGAUUGAACAAGUGUUAUCUGUAUUAAGGAGACAUCGAGGAUUUGAGAGAUUUAUUAAAACUUUGAAUCAGGAUGAUACUAGUACUCACAAUAAUACUCAUUCGAAUGGUUUGAACAAAAACAACAAUAGCAGUAGUAGUACUACUCUCUCUGAUACUACGACCACGACCACCUCUGAUACUCUUACUGCCAUUACUACUACUACUACUACUACGACUGAUACAAAAAAUGAUCAUAAUGAUGGUACUAAUAAUCAUCAUGUCGUUCUUGUUGUCAAUGGAGAUGGAACAAUGGUGAACUCUCAGAAUCAUCAACACCUCUCAUCCAAUGCUUUACCUAUUUCAAAUACUGCUGCUAUCACCACUAACAGUAAUACUACGACCACUCCAUCAUUACCAGUGAUCACACAUUGUUACAGAUACAAGUACACUCAUUUCAAACCAAUGAAUAUUCAAAAGUACAUCAAAUCCUAUGAUUGGCAUGAUCGAGUGCAAACUUUCUUUAAGAGAGUGACGAAGGGAUUUGGAUUGACACACGACUAA